AUGUCGUGCCAAUCAAAGCAGAAAGGCAAUCUCAAAUCUGGCACAACCACCAUCGGUGAUAACAACUCCAUCGCGCGUUGCAAACUCAAAAACUGCGAAGUCACAGGAUCUUGGCUAAAAGGCUGCACUUUCGAAGAUUGCUUACUCUCUCAAGUUCGCAUUGCGCGAAGGACCACAGCUACCAAAUCAUAUUUCCACGAUGUCCACGCUGUUAAAAGCAGUGAUAUCUCCGAAAGCACGAUGCGCGACGGAAGCGCUGCAAAGCGCUGCACCAUGGUCGCAUCCACAAUCAAAGAUGCAUCUAAAGUGAAUCGGAGCACCUUGGCCAAUUGCACCAUUUCAAAGGGCGACCUAUGGAGGUCAACGUUGAAAGAUUGCAACGUCGAGGAAUGCGUGAUAUACCGCUCAAAUUUUGAAGGGUUGACUUUGAAGUAUGGAGUCUGGAAACGGGGAAAAUUAGUAUCAAGAGUGGCCGAUCGUGUGCCAAUCGCAAUACGAAAGGAUGGAUCUAUGAUAACGUUUCCUCUCCAAUCUGUAAGCGGCUAUCCUCCUCAUUCAAAUCUGACUACGCAGCCUCGAAGUCAUGAUGAUGAAAACAGAGCUCUUAGUGAUGAUUCGGAUGGGACUUUUGAUGAGAAUUAUUCGGAUACGGAGAAAGAUCUACCCCCACCAUACGAGGUUUGA